AUGGCAGAGGAGGAGGAAGAUCCCACCUUUAAGGAGGAAAAUGAAGAAAUUGGAGGAGGAGUGGAAGGUGGCCAGGGGAAGAGAAAGAGACUUUUCUCUAAAGAACUGUGCUAUGUGAUGUAUGGGUUUAAGGAUGACCAGAAUCCUUACACGGAGUCAGUGGAUAUUCUUGAAGACCUGGUCAUAGAGUUCAUCACCGAAAUGACUCACAAGACAACGUUGAUUAAAAGACAAGGUCGUGUGCAAGUUGAAGAUAUUGUCUUCCUAACUCAAAAGGAUCUGAGGGAGUUCGCUAGAAUUAAAGACUUACUAACUAUGAAUGAAGAGUUGGAAUGAGCUAGAAAAGCUUUCAAUGAAACCAGCCAUGGGUCUUGACAUUCCUGAGAUUUUUAUAUUUUCUGUGGAAACCAUAUAUUGUAGUUGUUG